UCAGAAGCCAAACCAAAAGGCCCACUCCUUCGAGGCUCGUCGCCAACACUUAACCGAGUAGGCCCUUCCCGGGAUUCCUCUGCAGUGGCCAUUUUAGGUAGAACGGUUCCUGAUGGCUUUCAAGCACACAGCUCCUCAGCAGGAGCGCUCAUCUGACCAAUAACAUCGCGUGGCCCGGCCCGCCUGUGAACGUCCUCGGCUCGUGACCCGGCCCACACAGGCUGGAAAGCUUCACGAGAAGCUUGGGCAACAUGGAGGAGGGAGCAAACCCCCCGGCAGAGGCAAAUGCGCCCAAGGCCGUGAAGGAUAAGAAGUGCCCCUACUGUCACCAGGCUUUCACAUCCUCGUCUCUGGGCCGCCAUCUCGACCUCUUCAUCAGAGAGAAGAACCCCAAGGCACCCGAUGGCGUGCAUGACGUGGAAGCAAUACGGAGAAUCAGGCAAAACAUUACCCGUCGGCAACCGAAGGGCUCCCUGGCUCGACGGGCCACUUUGGCUGCGGCUCCCCGGAAGAGUCCCGAGGAUGCCCGGUCUCCCGCCGCAGCGUCUCCGCUGUCUCAAACGGCAACGGCCGGGCGGCCGCUGGUUCGGGACUAUGGUCCGAGGAUCUAUCCGUUCAAGACCACCUGGGAAGCGACGGGGGUUAUCAAUGACAUUGCGUCACCGGAGGGCAGGGUGAGCGGUGUUGUCGACGGAGAUGGUGCUGACCGAGGGUUGCGCCCUGGGCAGCCUCGGCGCUUUGCCAGUCAGCAGACGCUGGAGCAGCAGCUGGAUGCCCGGCAGCAGAUGCAGGAUGCCCAGGACACGGCACGGGCCGCCGAACUGGCCUUGCGCGAACUCCUCGGUUCACUGAGGGCUGGCAGACAACACAUCGACAACGGCUCAAUGCCCUUCGACUUUGAUCCCUUCUCGCUAGACUUUCCGGCGCUGACACUGCAGUGCCUAGACCCUCCGCCAACGCUCUUCGCCUCCACCCAGCAUGCCACACCUACUUCUUGGUCAAUCCUCCCUCCAGGGCGGAGCCAGUUGGAAGCCUUGCACGCUUAUUUUCGCGAGGAGUUCAGGAAGUGGAAGAUAGCCUGUACGGGGGCCACCACAGCCGUCAUCGAGGAAUUGACCUAUCCGCCGCCCUUGCACCCCGGCAGGACCGACAUCAAGGCCGAGGUGCUCAAGGCGGAGAAGACAGCGGAGAAGAUGGAAAAGCACGUGUACGACCACCUCGAGGCUACCUACUCCAUCUGGAAUGGGCUCGCGCCGGAGCAGCGCGAACAACUUUGGAGACUGGAGCUGGCGCGAGGCGUCGGCAGGAAGCAAAAGGAGGUGGAGAAGCUGAAACAAGUGCAGCACUUUCUCAGCCAAGAGAAUGCGAGUCUGAAGAUGCAGGUCGAACAAUUAACUCGUCUGCAGCAGCCGCGGGAGUUCAAGAUUGCGCCACCCUCGACCGUUUAUUUCGACGAGAAACUGGUGGCCCACGUGCUGGAGCAAGGGGUGUCGAGAAGCAGGAAGGAUUCUGUAGGUUUUGACAUCGCCGACCGUCACUCAGACCUGGGCACCCUCGUCUCGUCGGUCAUCGGUCGAUGGAAGAAUGUGGUCGUCGCGGCACGCUCGGCGAGCUCCGGGCUCAAGACACAACUGCGGUUGAACACCGGGGUCACGGGGGAGUCGAGUCCGGGAAGCUCCACCGGGGACGCGUCUUCACAGUUACCAAGGGAGUCUGGGCAGUCACAGCCACCCUCAUCGGGCCGCCCGAAUCGUCCAGCCCAAUACCCGGCGUACACAGGCGCCUCUCGGACAAACUAUGCUGCUUCGGCCGCCUCAACAACGACCUCGCUCACGCCGCAAACAACAACGGCGCCGGCAGUCCCCAGAGAAGGGGCUUCAAUAACCCCCCACGCAGAGGAAGAAGACAAGGACGAGGAGAUGAGCGACCAAGAGGCAGGGCCAGGGUCAGAUGCUGAGGCUGGUGCACACGCCGAGGGCAACGCGGCCAGGGAUAACGAAACCGACACAGACGGGGACGCCGAUAUGGAGGACGGUCUUGGCGGCUAUCCUGAUGCUCGGUUCCAGGCCUACCAGAGGCAGCGGCAGAAUCCACGUUUGACUGACCCGGUGUCAGCGCCGCAGCUGGGGAGACUCGAAGUUGCCCGGUCACGAUAGCACAUGGGAGGGGGCCGGAG